CCUUACCAAAGUCUUUCUCUUUCUAUUUCCCUUCUUCUUCAUCUUCUUCCUCCCCUCAUUUCUUCUGAUUGCUGGUUAAGCAUUCAAUCAAAUCAUCAUCUGUUCACUCAUUCUAUCUCCCUAAUCUUUACCUAAGCUAUUUAUAUAUAUAUCUAUUUAUAAAUUGAAGACCAAUUGUUACUGUUCGUGUUUAAAGAGAAAAGAUGAAUAGUGGGGUUAGGGUUUCCAUUCCAAACAACGUAAGAAAGACGAUCCAGAACAUUAAGGAGAUCACGGGUAAUCACAGUGAAGAUGAGAUAUAUGCAAUGCUUAAAGAUUGUUCUAUGGAUCCAAACGAGACGGCCCAGAAGCUUCUAUUGCAGGAUCCAUUUCAUGAAGUAAGGAGCAAGCGCUACCGCAAGAAAGAGAAUCCUACUAAAGAAUCUAUAGAGCCUAGAUGGAAACCUGGGAUGCAGGGACGGGGAAACAGGGGUGGUCGGGCCAACUACUCAUCUCGCCACAUUCCUCAUGAUGCAGGCGGUAGCAGGAAUGCUCUCUCUGGAAAGGAAAAUGAAAUCAAUCAAGGUGCAGAUGAUGGUGUAGUCCUGCCUGCACCUCAGGAUAAGAAGAAUAAAGAGACAUCUGUGGUUGCAAGUUCUUCCAAUAUUGUCGCUGAUCGUUCAUCUGACAUAGUUGCUGAGAAAACUAGUUCUGUACCUGAUGUUCAUUUGUCUGCCGUAAGUGAUAUUAAUCAAUCUGAAGUGAAUGCAACUACUGUGAGUAGUAAGUUGGAGGGCCCACUUCCACAAGUCCCUCCGGAGGCCAAAAAAAUCCCGACUUCUGCUUUGGGAGAUGGGAGUUCCAGAAACAUUUCAGCUUCUAAGGCACCAUCACCUUUGCCCGGGGUGUACUUGUCGGCUUCGGAUCCUAUUCUUAUGCCUUCACAGGAUUCACGACUCCCUGUUGGUACAAUUAGACGUGAAGUUGGAAAUCAACGAACUCCUGUUGAACAAGUCCAAGAGACCCCUGUAGAGAUUAAAAUUGCCUCUAGUCCCGAGGUCGGAAGCUCCUUCAUGCAAGGGAAGAUGCACGGUGAGAUUCAGGAAGAGGGGAAUAAUUUGCUUUCAGAGUCUUCACGACCAGCACCUUCUAUUCAUGUUUCGUCUUCCAUUGGCAGGCCACCUUCAAAUCACAAUAACAGGCAACAACAAGCGAUUGGGCCUCAAAAAGUCGGUCCUGGUAAGGAGUGGAAACCAAAACCAACAAAUCCCAUUCCUGCUCAAGUACCAGGGACGUGUGACUCCACGGAGGUGCCAGCCAUUCCAGUUGAAGGUCGCUCUUCUUUAAAGCCAGCAUCCAAUAUUCCUGAUUCAAAGGAUGUUACUCCUGAAAAGGAGAGGAAGCUAGAGGUAUCACGCAUUUCAGAUGGUCAACAUGUUAUUAUACCCAAUCAUCUUCAUGUUCCAGAAGCUGAGAAACUUGGGUUCUGCUUUGGAAGUUUUGAUGCUAGUUUUGGUUUUAAUUCAAGCUCCUUGAGUGGUCCUGUGAACGACAAGAGUCCAUCUCUUUCUGAGGCUCCUGAGGUGAUCCCUGACCAUAUUGAAGAACAGUCUUCCAGGAAUCAAGAUGUGUUGGUAACUCCCGAUGAUGGGGAUUAUCCUGAUUGCCCACCAUCCUCAUCUAAUGUACCUGAAAAUUUAUCAGCUGAAAGUGAAGUCUCAUCUAGUGUGGCACCUGAGCACAUUGAAUCCAAUCCAGAGACUUCACUCCCAACUACAGGCCAUCAAUAUCCAGUGGUUCAUGCUUCUCCUAACUUAAGUUUUGGCUUCAUGCCACCAAUAAUAGGGGGCCAUCUAGCACCUUUUGAAAACAACGAGUCUCAAGUGCGCGAUGCUUCUCGUGUCCCAAGCUUUGUUGUUCAACAACCGUUUGACCCAGCAGGCUAUUAUCCUCACUUCUAUCGUUCUGGUGCUGAUAGUGAUGGGCGCAUAUCACCCUUCCACUCACCUGGGGUGGCGGCCAAGUACAAUGGAAAUGUUGCAGUGUUAUCUCCACAGGCUUCUCAGUCUUCUCAAGAGGUUGGGAACUCUAUAACGUUGUCUGCAGCUGGUCCGACACCAUUAGCCACACAAGCAGCUGGGGUUAUGCAGAGCUCCCUAGCCGUGACCCAGCAACCACUGCCUGUGUUCAGGCAGCCAACUGGGUUACAUUUGCCCCAUUAUCCUCCAAAUUAUAUCCCAUAUGGCCCAUAUUUCUCCCCAUUUUAUAUCCCUCCUCCAUCCAUUCAUCAGUUUUUGAGCAAUGGUGCAUUCCCUCAACAACCUCAAGCCGGAAAUAUGUAUCCAGCUCCACCAGUGGCAGCUCCCAAAUAUCCACUUCCGCAAUAUAAGCCUGGAAGUAAUACUGGGAACUCGGGUCACAUUGGAGUCCCUGGAACUUAUGGACCAUAUGGCACGUCCCCAGCAGGUUAUAAUCCGAAUCCAGCUGCUACAGCUGGCAAUUCGACUUCUAAUGAAGACAUUGGUGGGUCCCAGUUCAAGGAAAGUAAUGUUUACGUUACAGGACAGCAGAGUGAAGGUCCAGGCGUAUGGAUAGCUGGUCGAGACAUUGGUGGUUCUUUUUAUAAUCUUCCUCAAGGCGGUCAAGUUGCAUAUACACCAACACAAGCCGGCCAUGGAACUUUUCCUAGUAUUUAUCACCACCCUCCACAACCAGUGACCAGCGGAGCUGUUCAUCCACUUCUCCAACAGUCCCAAACAGGGGUCGACAUGGUGGGACCCACAUCUAGCAUGUAUCAGCAGCAGCAACAACAACAACCGCCACCCCAGCCCAAUCCACAUCCCCAGCCUGCUCAAAUCAACUGGCCUAACAACUACUGAGGAAAAUGCCAAUGAAGCAAUCUUGGAUUUGUUUUCUUGGGCCAACAAAGAGUUUGGAAAAUGGAAGAUACAACAAUGGCUGGUGGUGGUGGUGGUGGUGGGGUUGAGUGUAAAUCAUCUUUUUUGAUAGGUUCCGUUGCAUUUCGAGGAUAUAAAAAGGUAAAAGGCCUCAUCAUCAUGUAACUGAUUAUGAUCAAUUUUUAAGUUAGUUGAGUUGAACCGGGUGGUUUCUGCAGUCUCUUCUUCUUCGUCUCUUUGUUGCUGAUGGUGGUAUAUGAUUAUGAUGCCGGUUUCUUCUCCCCUCGAGAGUUGUAAGCCUUUUUUUUUCGUAAGAUUUGAGGACCGAACCACCAUGUGAUUCUUAACCUUUUCUUUUUUGUUUUUGUUUUUGAAAAUUGAGGUUUUAUAGGAGAGGUAUGAAUGACUGGGGGGGUUGGGGUUCAGUUGUAAAGUGAAUUUUGAUAGCAAGAGGAGGUGGAGGAGGAUGUACUUGAACUAGUACUACUAUCAGUUGUUGUAAUUGGUAUAAGCAAAAGCAGCAUUUAAAUUUGUUUC